GUAGCCAUCUUAGAGCUAUCUCUCUCCACGGCCUACCUAGGCGUUUCUCUCUUCACAUCGCCAGUGUAAAGUUCACCGUGCUGGAUUAAAGAUCUUGUCAUCUUCAGCAAAGCGAGUCAGAAAGCUGCAACACAGAGGAGUCUGUUAUAGGAGAGAAGUUUCCUCUGAUGGCAUCCAGACUAUUGGACAGGAUAAAAAUGAUGUGCUGCUAUUGACGCAGAGAACAACAUGGACAGACAAUAACAAAUCGUCACGCUAGGGGUGCAGUCUUGGUUCGUUAUGACAAGUGGCUGUGUGGAAGAUGUCCACCCUUUCUACGACUGAUAUCACUGAUGUUGGUCAUGGGGACUCUCUGUGCUGUGCCAGUGAAGAGGGCCCUUCAGCAGCGACAGCAGAAGUGAAACAGGAGAAUCUCAGUCAGACGGCCUCAUACGGCACCUCACACAAUGACCUGAACGACACUCUGCUCAUGGAGCCCAGCGACAUCAAGAUGUACCCCACAGAGGACACACCUGUACCAGAGGGUCAGCCAGUCAAGAGAAAGAAAGGCCCUGCUCCCAAGAUGCUGGGGAAUGAGGUGUGUAGUGUAUGUGGAGACAAAGCAUCUGGCUUUCAUUACAACGUGCUCAGCUGUGAGGGUUGUAAAGGUUUCUUCAGGCGCAGCGUCAUCAAAGGAGCUCAAUACACCUGCAAGAAUUCGGGCCGCUGUGAGAUGGAUAUGUACAUGCGCCGCAAGUGUCAGCAGUGCCGUCUGCGCAAGUGCAGGGAGGCCGGCAUGCUGGAGCAAUGUGUGCUGUCAGAAGAGCAGAUCCGACUGAAAAAGAUGAAAAAACAGGAAGAGGGGACGGCACGUACCUCUGCAGUGGCAACACCCGGCCCUGCCCCUGAGAUGCCCCCUCUGGCUCCUGAACAGCAGGAGAUGAUCGAAAAACUGGUGGCCUUGCAGAAACAGUGCAACAAAAGCUCUUUUCUUGAACGGCCCAAAGUCACUCCAUGGCCACAGAGUCAGGACCCACUUAACCGAGAGGUUCGACAGCAGCGAUUUGCUCAUUUCACUGAGCUGGCCAUCAUGUCUGUGCAGGAGAUUGUAGACUUUGCUAAACAGCUGCCUGGCUUCCUGGAGCUCACCCGAGAGGACCAGAUCGCCCUGCUGAAGACCUCAACUAUAGAGAUCAUGCUGCUAGAGACUUCCAGACGUUAUAAUCCAGUGAUAGAGAGCAUCACCUUCCUCAAAGACUUCAGUUACAAUAAAGAAGAUUUUGCCAAAGCAGGGCUGCAGUUUGAGUUCAUCAACCCCAUCUUUGAGUUUUCAAAAGGCAUGAAUGACCUCCACCUGGAUGAGGCAGAGUACGCUUUGCUCAUCGCUAUCAACAUUUUCUCAGCAGACCGACCGAAUGUGCAGGAUCACGAGUUAGUGGAAAGACUACAGCAGCCAUAUGUGGAUGCUCUCCACUCUUACAUCAGAAUAAAACGACCCAACGAUCAUCUGAUGUUUCCCCGGAUGCUGAUGAAGCUGGUCAGCCUACGCACACUGAGCAGCGUCCACUCAGAGCAAGUCUUUGCUCUGCGCCUCCAAGACAAGAAACUCCCACCUCUGCUUUCUGAAAUUUGGGAUGUCCACGAGUGAGCCAGCGCUCCACCUCCAGGACAGAAUGAGCCAGUGUCAGGAAAACAUGGGUGGGCAGGGGUCCUCUACAGACAGAACACAGGGUCAUGAUGUCCUUAAGGGCUGAAAUGUCUCCCACUGUCACAAGAAGCCUGGUUUUAUCAUUCUCUUCCAUGACUUCUAUAUUUUGGACCCAGUGGUCAGUGAGCUGCUUCCUUUGAAUGUGCUAUUGAUAGACUGUAUGGCCAGAAGUAGCUCAGGGACUGUUCAGAACAGGUGAUGGUUAUUUGACCAUGAUCAUUUGGGCUUGGGCAUCUGGAUGGGUUUGGAUUCAGAGACUGACUUGCUGGAGUGAGCAGCCACAAACAGAGUGGUCAUGAUUAUUUUAGUUGUUGUUUUUGUUUAUACCUAAUGUUUCCAGUACCAAAAGCUUUGAGCAGGUUUUGGCAAUGGUUUCUACUUUCUCAUUAACAGAAGAGGUUGUCUUGAAGGUUCUUCAUUACAGAAAUGUAGUUUAUUUACAGUGUUUUUGUGAUUCCACUCUGACUGAUUGAUUGGAAUUUUUUUUUUACCUUGCAUAGAUCAUGCACAGCAAUGAGUAACACAGUCUUCUGUUAGUGCAAACUCAUUCGCUCAGUUUUAUAACAUGAUGUUUGACAUGCAUUUAGUCUCUAAUUAAUGUUAAACCGCAAUCUUCUGUUAACAUCCAAAGGUUUUUAUGGACAAAAUCAAUCAGUGCUUUACCAGUACAAGCCAUUCAGAGCCUGUGUUACACUGAUCCAGCAUAUCACAACGUACACAAGGAAUUCUGUUUUCUGCUGGUUGGAAUAUUCAGAAGAAGAACUGACAAACCGAAUGGCCUGAUUUUAUGAGGUCGAACGUAUUGCAGAUGUAUUCUGCACACCAACCCAAUGUUUUGGAGUGGUUAAAAGGGCUUACCAGUGUAGCAUAUGGUUGGCAGGGAUCGGUAAGACUCACUGGAGCCAUUAAACCGAAUCAGUGUGCUGCUCAACUCACAGCGACUACUGAGAUACAUAGAUAGAUAGAUAACCAAGUGUGAAGCCUUCUGAAAACUUAAUGUAGACCACGAUUAUUCCUUUUCCAUUACAUUAUCAUGUUUAGUUACUGCAAUCUCCAACCUAAUAUGCUGUAGUUUCUCUUUUUUUGACUCGUCAGUUCUACUUGGACGGCUGAUGUUGUUUGGCAGUUCAUUCUUGAAAACUUAAUAUACAUACACAACCUAAUUCUCAGUUUGAUGCCUGCCUCGAUCAAUGUGUCAUUUUUGUCCCUGAAUGCAACACAAAUCACAAACGAACAGUAUAGUACUAUAUAUCUUCCAAAAUCAGUGGUUGAAAUUGUCAUAGAAAAGUCAUAAUUUGUCAUCAUUUUUCUAGUAUCAUUGUUCUAUUUAGUUCUAUAUACACCCAUUCUUCAAUGAGGAUAGUUUCGUCAACUUUUGUUUACACAUACUAAAUAAUUUAAUUUAAAUGUUAAUAUUCCUUUUUGUGUGAUUUUGAAAUUAUCUAGCAGGCUGUUUUAACACAGUUUUGUUGUACCUCACUUGUACAUUAUGAUGAUAUUCGGAUAGUCUGAAAGCACAACUUAGAAUAAAACCUGUCCCAUCUACAUGUGAUCGGCGAUGAAUGCGAAACAACCUUAUUUUGGUAUUAAACUGAACCGUAUCACAGCAGUAGCUCUGAAAAAAGGGACUAGGCAAACGAGAGCUCUUUGUAAUGUCUUAUUAUGCUCCGUAGCAAUGCAAAUACCCAGUGUGACCUUGUACAAUUCAGGUUUUACUGAUCUUAAAAACCACUUUUAUGAAAAACAUGGGUUGUGGUGAAUCAAUUACAGAAACUAACAUUGCAAAAAUAACCAUCAUUUCCAUGGUUGACUAAUACAGUUGGUUUGCUGUGGCAUUCUUUGCCCUGCCUGUGCAAAUUAUUGAGACUUUGUUUCCUGAAUCAGAUGCCCAUGUGUAUGUUUUUAUACCACCUUUCUGUCAGCUUGUGAAAUUGCUAAAGCACAUUAGUUUUUCUCAAGCUCUUUUUGAUUUCUGAUUAGACGUGUCCAGGCUCAUUUUAAGCCAUUUCCGAUCUUUCACAAGGGCUUGA